CCGGUGUAUGCGAGUCCUGUGCACUUCUGCGGUGUUUAAAGUGCGGCGCUGCGCUUCAUCGGCGGACCCGUGGCUAUCAGUAAAAAAUUCCCGGUUCGGUGUAUCGUUGUAUAUAGAUUCAUGUGAUUCUGCUUCCGCUGAGAGACCGGUCCGGGGGGAGGAAUUAAAGCGAAACCGCAGGGGUUUUUGAGGCACCAGUGCUGUUGUGUCCUCCCAGUGAUGACCAGCCCUCCUCCAGAUCCACAGUUUGUCCUGCGGGGGUCAGGGGCCACCGUCAACACUCUGCACUUCAGUUGCGGCGCUUCUGACUCCCCUCUGCUCUUCUCUGGUUCGGGCAAGGGCACCAUUCACCAGUGGAACCUGACAACCCGGCGACCCGAGAGAACUCUAGAUGGUCACUCCGGGGCGUCGGUCAUCUGGCUCAAGACUUUGGGGUCUAGAGAGACCCUCAUAAGCCAGGCCCGCGACUCGCGCGUGUGUACCUGGGACUUGGCGGAGGGCCGCGGCACCGUGACAGACUCCAUCCACACCGGGAGCGUGGGCUUCUGCCAGUGCUCCCUGCUGGAGACGGGACUCCGCAGCCGGCUGCUAGCACAUCCUGUGGAGACCAUGGAAGAGGUGAAGGUCAUCGACUUCCCGAGUGGGACGACGGUUUGCUCCCUGAAGCCGGAUGCCAAGCUGGGGAUGGUGAUGUGUACCAAGCUGUGGCAGCCUGACAGUGGUCGCGGCCCGCUCCUCCUAGCGGGAUACGAGGCUGGCACCCUGGCCCUGUGGGAUGUCUCCCAGAGGCAACCCCUCAGCACCCUGGUCGCCCACUCAGAGCCCCUCCUCUGCCUCGACUUCGACCCGGAGCGACUCAGGGGCGUCUCGGGGUCUGCGGAGAGAGCCGUCUGCUCCUGGACGCUUGACGGACAGCAGAACCUCCAGAUGUCUGUCUCCGUGGAGCUGGUCAACCCAGGCAUCUCCCAGCUGAGCCUACGGGCUGAUCGCAAGCUGUUGGCGUCUGCCGGCUGGGACCACCGCGUCCGCCUUUUUGGAUGGAAGAAGUUGAAGCCUCUAGCAGUGCUCCAGUACCACGCAGACUCGGUGCACUCUGUUGCUUUCUCCGACCAUGCGGACCCAAGUCUGAGGCUCAUGGCGGCUGGAUCCAAGGACCAGAGGAUCAGCAUUUGGUCUGUGUACAACGCAAGAUGAGGAGAGUCAUCAAGAGGUCUUGUGGACCUGGAGCCUGUGUCCCUCUUCAUGACCACACUGCCUUCUCUGCAGCCUAAAGCACGAGACACCUGCCUGUGCUGGUAGUAAAAAAUCCAUCUUCAGUCACCUGACACCCUCAGGGUUAAUAAUGAACUCGGUACGGCUUUUUGCCUCAAAGUAUACAUUUUUUGUGUUUUGUCCCUUUUCUCGCUAAACCCUGUGCCGCAGGUGGACGGUGAGGUUUAACACUCCGUGUCCUCGUCUAGUAUUGUGUUGGGCUCCUCCCUUCAAACCUGUGGGUCGAUGAGGUCGCUCCGGAUCGCGCCGGGCCAAGAUGGAACACGUCGGAGCCCGAGGUCUUUCCGCAAAUCAAACGUGCAGCGCAGGUGUCCGUUAGGUUUCAGGCGCCACUCGCAGUUCAUCAUGUUAGAUACAGCGCUGGAAGAAUUUCGCCUUUAAAAUUGUCACAUGUCACAGUGGGAUCUUGUUUGCUUCUCCAGUGUACUUGAGCAUUUUUUUUGAUAGUCUUGAACAAUUGUCCCAUUCACAAAGUAUUUAACUGUGUGUAUAUAAUUAGAUAUUUCUCAGUUUAUACGUAUAUAUUUACUACUACAGAGUUUGCCAUUGCCCCCUGUUGACUUUCUUGACCCAAACCACAUUAAUCAGCUACAACUAAUAACACACACUGAGACACAAGAGAUUGAUUUGAAACCACCCGCCCCCCCUCCCUGAGAGGUAGUGGAAUUUGCAUUCUGAGUCAAGUCUCCUUGUGGGUUUCAUAUCACGGAACAAAGCAAACACAUGGUGUGAGUGAGCUUGCUGUUGUUGGGCUGACGUGUAUUUCACCCUGUCGUUAAGUGGUUGCCUGCUGUCAGUGUCCUGUUUUUUGAUUGGUAGGUGUUUUUUUUCCCGAUUGCAUGCACUCACACGAGUGUGGUGGGAUAUUUAACAUCUGUUUUCCGUUCAUCCAUGUGCUGUGCUCGUUGUUUGGAAAGCAUUCCUUAAGUUUGGGAAAAGAGACAUCCACAAACCUACUGGACCACAGGAUGACUACCAUGAGAGUUGGAUCAUUUUUCGCAUUUUGCUCCAACUUGAAAUGUGAUUUCGGCCUUGCGAUAUACACACAGUGUACAGCAUGGCCCAGGAUUGCUCAGGCAAUUGCUCACAUUUGAUUGGCUCUCUCAGAGCAGGAAGCUGGAAGUGCUUCUAAUAGAUGAGAUUUUCUCAGGAGCUGCUCCCCCCAGCCUGGAGGAAUGCGACCCGAUAGUGAUGCAGGGGAAGCCUCGCCUGAUAAAGCCCAACUUUGCUGUACGUCAUGUGACUCCACAGGGGGUCGAACAUGCAUCCAGCAGGCCAACAUGCACACAUGUGAGGACCCAACACUACAUGCACGAGCUCGAUGGUUAGUAGGUAAGACGUGUCCUGACCAGGUCGAUCUGCAGCACACACUGACCGCGUCUGACUGGGGGCCAUAUUUCAGGUCGUGUCAGACUGCAGCCCUAGCAAAAUGGGGGUGCUUUACCCUUCUAUUCAGCCACACUCUGACGUUCUUUGAUUGUACCCAUGACUGAGUAGAUCGGUUGAUUUAAAUUGUGUCUAAGCACACAUGUUGGUUUGAGGAGCUUGCCUUCAUUUUUCAGUUGUGCUAACGGUAAAGCCUUUUAGACAGCGGCUAUGCGUCCGGGCAGGACUGUCUUAAUGAAAUGCACUUCCUUUAUUUAAUUCACUGUGCAACUCAAACAAAACCCCUAUGAAUUAAUAUGGAGCUUUGAUUCACAUAAAUGAUGAUUUAAAGUCAGUUUAUCUUUUCAAGGGAAAUGGAGUGAUUAUGCGUUAAAGCAACAAAUGCUCCUUUGAGCCGUAGAAAUAUGUUUUUAGUGACAGAAGCCGGUGUAACGCGGGUGGGAAAACGGUGGCCUGGGUGAACGCGCCCCAUAUAACACACCCCACAUCAUGUGAUUCAUUCAGCCAUGGGUGCAUUCGAAACCCAAUGGAUGGUUUUACAGGCUUUAGGCUGGAAGGAGGCCAGCCUCAGCCUGAGGGAUGCUGGUGGAACUGGUCACAUGCAGCUGAGCGUACUGCACCACACGGCCUACGAGUCCAUCCCUCCGUGUGCCCGGGUGGUGAGGUGGCACUUCUGUUAAUCUGCCGUUCAGCCCGCUCCGCACACCACAGAAGCAAAUGGGAGCGAUCCGAUGGACCACAAUGGGGUCAGAGCCCUUUCCAGAGGGAUGCGAACUAGACUUCAAACGACACGCAGACACUAAAGCCCCAGUCCUGUGGGACAGAGUAGGAGCUAAUAACCCAUCAUACUUUAAAGGCAAGAGGGAGGUCCGAGGCCCCUUCACAGACACCGGGGACAGACCGAAGCGAUCUUGCAACCUGUGGGCCUCCCGGCCUCCCUUUCCUCGUCCGUGAUCUCUGCGGCGACCUCGCGAGUCUGCGACGGGCUCCCCCCUCCCCGUGCACUUUGAAGCUGUAACAAAGGGCCGUCCGAGGCAGCUUCCGUCCAUUCUGCGAGCGGCCAGACGCGCAUGGAGCACCGCAGAUGUGCGAGGGGCUCAGGAGGUCUCCUCAUAAAUCACAUCAUAAUGGAUCCUUUAGGAAGUCCAUAAAACGAAGAGACUCAAGAGGGGGGUGGUAAUAAUGCGGGGCAGGAGCGUCCAGCUGUAGCUUGGAGGUCAAGAGCUUUCAUCCAUGACACUCACUGGACACGCUAUUGCCAGGUAUUGUGUAUGCUGUGCAUAUAUGUCAUAAUACAGGAGCUGUGGUGGACCAGGUCAUGUCUGAGUAUUAUUAAACCUGUAUGCUUCAGUCAAUAA